AUGUGGCAGAUGGAACACCCUCAAUCAUUAGGGCUUUCCCAGUUUGGUAAAGGUUUCCUUGAAGAUCACGAGGACAUAAAAUCUCAGUUCCUAGGCUUCUGCCUCAAAAACCAUCAUAACAGAAAACAGGAAGAAGAGAAACUGAAGGCUGCAGAAGCGUUACAACAAAGUAUGCAAGCACACCAAAAUGUUUACACCAGGUCACCUGAAAAAUAUCUCUCCAAAAUGAUGACCUUUCAAUCUCCUAGAGGUCAAGGUCCUCCUCCAGUGCAUCCAGUGGCGAUGCUUAGGUCAUCUGCAAUAAGAUCCACUGGUGUCAGGUAUGAGCCUUACCGUCAAACUAGACCGCCAAAGAGACCGUCUAUAAGCAGUGGCAGAAAUCCAGUUCUUGAUUCAAGUUUCAGUCCUGUGAAGGAUGAUGAUAAAAUUGUAGAACAGAUAAUUAAAAUAGAACCUACUAGUGAUAAUGAAUCUACUGAACAAAGUGAAGUUGAUGUGUUAAAUAGCAAAACUAUUGACAAUUCAAAAGAAUCAGCAUCCCAUGAAAUGGAUGCCACACAAAAUAUGAGCUCUCACUGUGCGGAUAAAGAGGAUGAUGCUACAUCUGAAACUUCUAACUCUAAUUUACAUCACGAACAAACUUCGGAAGGACUUGGAUUUGAUUCCGAUUUAACAAACGUGAUCUCAGGAUCUGAUCAAACUCCGGGAAGUGAGAAUGAUCAGUCUGAUUAUGUUAAGAUGGAAGCAAUAAGUGAAAGUGAACUUGAGUUAGAGAUUACAGGUGUAGAGCCAGGUAGACCAGCUGUUUCACAGGAGAGCUGGGAUCCAAAUAUAUCCAUUGGAAUGAAUUAUGACAAUACUCAAGGUGCUGCCGGGAACCAGGCUGACCUCUCAUCUCAAGGUUACAGUUGGCCAGAAUAUGCAUCCAUUGCAGACCAGUACUCAAGACCUAAGCCUGGAAUAUAUGAUCAAGAGUUUGCUUUGGCAAAUGGAAUGGUUGAGCUUGUUAAAGGAAUGAGAGCGUUUGUUCACCAGGACCAGUAUAAGACGGCUCUAUCAAAGGCAGCACCAACUGUGUCUCUUAGAACAAAGUGUGACUCCCAGGACUCAAAACGAGAUGGAAAGCGAGUUGGCAGAUACCUGCUAACUGUCUUCUUUUCACAAGAAGAGCUUGCAAGGAGCAGUCUGAGUGAUUCAGACAAAGCAAUGUACCAAGCCUUGAAUAAACAAAUUGUGGAUGCCAUUGUUGCUUUCUCAGUCUGUAACUCAGAUUCUACAAGAGUAGAAAUCCUUAGAGCGAUGAGAUCCAGCCUGACAUCAAAACGAUCCAAAGGGAAAAGAAAGAGCCUGAAAAAUGAAAAUGACAUGUAGAUUGUGAGAGUUUGAUUAAAAUUAAUGAACCAUU